UUCAUACAAAAAGUCGAUUAAUCGAUUAGUCGAAAUUGUUAUGGCUGAAAUUAUGUGAGAAAAAUAUGAAAUAAUUGGGAACCCGGUUUUUUAAGUAAAAAUUCGAAAUUGUUUGAUUAACAAUACCGCUGCAGCAUAAAAGAACGAAUGUCGAAUUUACAAAGAACCAUGCUGAAAGGCCGUUUACCUCCCACUAUACCAGGUGCAAGGAUUGGCAGAAGUGAUUCUUUUAAGAAAUCCCGAGUAAGGGACUUUAAACCUACGCUUUGGAGUGACUUUUUUGCUGAUAAGGAAGAUAUAGUAGUUGAUGAGAAACGUUCCUUUCGCAUAUACCGCACAAAGCAACCACAAAAGCCGGGACCAGUACUUUUACUUUUACAUGGUGGUGGCUAUUCUGCCUUAACAUGGGCACACUUUUGUACCGAGAUUACCAGUAUGAUUCACUGUCAAUGCUUAUCUAUAGAUCUACGCGGCCACGGCGAUACAAUGACAGACAACGAUGAUGAUUUGUCUGAAGAUACUUUAGCAAGGGACAUAGGCGAUCUUAUGGUAAAAUUGUAUCCCUCAGACAUGCCUCCGGUUUAUGUCGUGGGUCAUUCUAUGGGUGGAGCAAUUGCAGUUCAUUUUGCACACUUAGAAUUGAUACCGAAUCUAAUUGGUAUUACCGUUAUCGAUGUUGUCGAAGGCACAGCUAUGGAAGCCUUGGCUAGCAUGCAAAGUUUUCUACGCUCUAGACCACAAUAUUUUAAAAGCAUACCAAAUGCUAUUGAAUGGUGCAUACGUAGCGGCCAAAUACGUAACAUAGAUAGUGCCAAAGUGUCAAUGCCCGGACAAAUUAUCAACUGCACAACGAAGAAAUUAGCAACCAACGAGCUGCCUCUCGCCGACGAUGAAGCAACUGAGGAGACCGGUGCUUCAAAAUUCACACACCCCUUUAGUAUUUCUGAAGAUGAGGAGGUUGCCGAUGAAGGCGGUGAGAGUGAGGCUAAAGUGCCAGAUUUUAAAAAACCUCAAAUAUCUGCAGAAGAAAAUACAAAGAAAUACACUUGGCGCAUAGACUUAUCGAAAUCUGAAAAAUACUGGGUAGGCUGGUUCUCUGGUUUGAGCGAGAAAUUUCUAAACUUACGUUUGCCAAAACAACUUUUAUUGGCCAGCAUUGAUGGCCUUGACAAGGCUCUAACAGUUGGCCAAAUGCAGGGACGCUUUCAAAUGCAGGUCUUGGCUCGUUGUGGUCAUGCGGUUCACGAGGACCGACCCCACGAAGUGGCUGAAGUUCUUAGUGGCUAUCUCAUACGUAAUCGUGUGGCUGAAGCAGCAGGUGAUUUUCGUUGUCACUUGCCUGCUUGUUAAUCGAUGGUUGUUACUACUCCAAGGCAACUUGGGUUGUAGUCACCUUAUAGAAAUACUAAUAGUAACCGUUGAUUUCAAUUAUAAUUCGGUUCAAAAGCAGCAACAUGUAAUGGACUACUUCAUUUAGGUUGGGACAGAAGAAAUGACAAUGAUUUUAAUUGGCCACCUCGAAAAAAGAAAUGUGCUAAAUUAUAAUAUUUAUUAAUAUUGAUUAAACCCCAUCAAUAUGAUAUUAACAACAAGAUUUUACUAAAUCACAUACAAAUAAGAUUCAUUUGCGUUACUUGAUUUUCUAUUUGCUUGAAAUAAAUUGCAUUAAUUACAUUAACAAAAAAAAAAAAAAAACAAACAAACAAACAAACAAAAUCAUUUCUUUUUUUCACCUAUGACAACAAAAGCGACUCGUUUCCUGCGUUACAUACAUGGACCAAAUAGUUUACUUCUUAAAGUUAAAAGAAUAAAAUAUGUGGACCAGCAAGUAUACUAUGAAAA